UGUAAACUUUGCAAAUUUAUAUACCGUCCGCUCCCUAUAGAAACCUCAUUCCCAGGGUUUCUCAAUCAGAAGCAAAAUCCCAAAAUAAAACUAUUUAUGUGCUUUGUCAAAGCCAAGCUAAGGGAAUCCCAGCCUGGGAACGAGCUUCCUCAUGAGUAUUUAUAGUCGAACUACUCAGUACUCACAUCGUGAUAAGAUUUAAAAUAAAGUAUCCGUUAUUAAAAAACCAGUAGUCAGUACAUAAAUAUCGCCAAACAAUAUAAUAUAAUAUAGCAUUUGCCUUUUUCGAUAGGAUUACUCAUGCACUUCGGAGGAAUCAUUAGAUGCCCACAAUGCUCGUUAUUUUGAUUGACGUAUAAAUACAAAUAUCGCAAUAAUUAGUAGACAAUAUCAUUCCAACUUAGAAUAUGUUGUUACUUAGUACCGGUACCAGUUUGUAGUCAUCACAUGCACUAUGGCAGACACGGCUGAUCAGUACAUGCAUAAAUUAAAUGCACUGAUUUAUUCAAAAGAAAUUGCCACGAACGUAGAAGCUCGAAAUACAUUCAACUUUAAAUGAUUUUAUCGUCAUUUCUUUGAGAGUCGGGCAUCUUCACAAGACACAAAUCAUCAGAUCACCGGAUGGAUCAGCUUAAUCCGCUUCGACAGGAAACAGCCGAAGAAGAAUCACCUGCAACAAACUCGCGAUGUUCGAAGAUCAACGUGAAGCUAUUGCCAUACAAAUCAUUCUACUUUCUAUUUUUUUCGGCAGUUGGUUCCCUGUUCCCAUACUUAGCCAUUUUUUACAAACAGCUUUUGCUAUCGGCCCGACAAACCGGAGUUUUACUCGGAGUAAGACCGAUACUACAGCUAGUGAGCAGUUCCACAUGGGGAAUUGUGGCUGAUAAAACGCAUAAAAGCAAGUGCAUAUUCUUGAUAUCCGUCGUAGGUUGGCUUUGCUCCAAUUUCUCGCUUUCACUGGUGAAGAGUAAGACAGAUAUUGAACCGUGUCACGAUAACGGCUCGCUGACGGUGUUAGAUAAUGUUCUUGGCGCAGUGACCGCAGGGCCAUUUUUAAGAAAUGGGACCCUCUUUGAUAAAAUUCUUUUAAGAAGAUCUUUAGACUUGAUUAGCAGCCGGCGUCAUGGGAAGUGGAAAAGAAAUUUUAAUGGUCAGUCGAAAAAUGAGACAGACCACAUACCGGGUAGUAAUGUCACUUGGAAUCAAGUGAUCUCCGAAGUAAAAUCGAGUUUUGAGGACGGAAUGACUGAGAGAAAGAUGAAUGAAGAGAGUUCUAUGGGACAUUCGCCAUGGUCACUCCAUGCAGUGUUAAACCUCGCAACGGCAAAUGGACCGAAAUCUGGGCGAAACACAGACAGGAUAUUUAUUAUACUGCUGAUCAUUACAAUCGUAGGCACACUGGUAGCAGCACCGGCCAUUCCCUUUGCCGAUACAGCAACUUUACAAGUUUUAGGCGAUCAAAAGGAUUUCUACGGCAAACAACGUCAGUGGGGAGCUUUGGGUUGGGGCAUAUCAUCUUUCGUGGUCGGUUCACUGGUCAGUACCAUACAAGAGAAAUUCGAAUGUAAUCUGCCUAACCACAUUAAUUACCAACCAUGUUUCUACGCAUUUGCAGCGCUAAUGACAUUGGCAUUCAUCCCAGCGAUUUUUAUACGUUUUGAAGGUAGAAACUUACCGACGGUAAACUUUACUGGAAAAAUACGAACCUUGAUAAAUUUCGAUUCCAUUGUUUUCCUGCUAACAAUUCAGCAAUUUGGCAAUUCAUGGGGUCUUAUACAAACAUUCCUCCUAUGGCAUCUUCAAGACCUUGGCGGGACGCAGUUCUUGUUCAGCAUUGUUGCGGGCAUACAAUGUCUAUCCGAAGUCGUAUCUUACCAUUUCGCUGGAUACGCCAUAACAAAGUUAGGACAUUAUCGAGUACUAUACAUUGGAUUCUCGUUCACCUCGCUUCGGUUUAUCUUGUAUGGUUUGAUCAAAAAUCCAUGGCUGGUCGUGCCGAUCGAAAUCUUCCAUGGUGUUUCGACAACCUUAAUAUGGGCGCUGGCCGUAUCUUUUGUUGGUCUCAACCCUGGCGUAGCUACAACAAUGCAAGGGAUUUUAUCAGGUGUUCACUGGGGUUUAGGACUAGGAGGAGGAGCGAUAUUAGGCGGAAUACUGGUGAAUGCUAUUGGAUCGAAAUAUACCUUUCUUGGUUACGGGGUUUUUACAUUAUUGAACCUCUUCGGUUUCAUAUUGACACAAAAUCUGAGAUGUUGUGUAAAACAAACGGAAGAAAGCCAGUCACUACUUAGUGAAACUGCCCGGGAAACGUUCGAGUUAAAUUCUAUAGAGCCAGAGAAUUCCUCGACUACGGAACCUUUCCCUUAACUGCAGAAACUAUUUUACCCGAUAAUGGCUUCGACUAAAUUGCCCUGGAAGAUCGCGAACGAGUCGACCUUCGUCCAGAGAGUUAAUAUAAAAGUAAAUAUGGGAGAAACGCAUGUUUGUAUACAGCCAGGCAACUCAUAUUUUUAUCACGUGUUUUGCCCCCAUAUAAAAUAUGUGUUCUCCCUUGUUUGCUUCCAUACUAACGAAGAUCCUUGGUCGAAACGUCGAGAAAGUGUUUUGAGGCAGUUGUUAUACCAUAUUUGAUACGAAUUUGUUUGAAGACGUGGUCACGCUGCUCCCUAGUUAUAUUGGAAUAUAAUAAUAGAUCGUUGUUUAGGCUAUGGUUUAGGCUUAUUAUUUAAUACCGAAGCCACUGGCAUGCAUAUAGCUUAAUAUCUUUAUACAUGUUAGUCCAUAGUUAGUUGUUACCUUCCUGGAAUAGGGGUGUAGUACUCCUCCAUUGACUAGAAUUUGUUUUCACAACUCUGCAUUCAACAGAGAAAAAAUAAAUCGUACUGAUACAUGAUUAUGGCAGCACGUUUCUCAAUUCAACCCUGCAAAAUUUAUUUCACGCUUCGUUUGAUCGGGUAGGCAAGAUCGUAAAAAAGCCCCUAAUUAAGUAACACUGGUUGUUCCCUCAAAAGUACUGCCUGUGUAACCACACUUUUGUUUGACAAUACGUGGAAAUUAUCUCAUUGUUCCUAAACCACUUUUAAACGGCUAUGAUUAUACACAAGGGUAUUUGAUGAUAAACAGUGCAAUAAAUUUAUUGAAAUUGUCAAAAUUUGAACACUUCAACAUUGUGCCUAACCAACAAGCAGA